UCCAUGAGGAGGGUUUAUACUUGUUACGGGUAUGCUGGUUCUACAUGUAUGUCACGGUCCUAAAGAAAAUGAUUGUUCUCUAUUUAACAUCAUUAAGUACAGUAACGGAAGAGUAGUAGCCGGAGUGGUGCUUGUGAGGAAGUACUUCGGCGGAGGUGUGUGCCGCAGUAACGCACGGCUGGACGGGAAGACAGUCGUCAUCACCGGGGCGAACACAGGCAUCGGCAAGGAGACGGCGAGGGACAUCGCCAGGAGAGGUGCCCGAGUGAUCCUUGCCUGUAGGGACCUGACCAAAGCUGAGGCUACUGCUGCAGAGAUUCGCAGGGACACCGGAAACGGAAAUGUCGUCAUGGAGAAGUUAGACCUGGCCUCGAUGAAGUCUGUUCGAGAGUUCGCACUCAAGGUCAACGCCACAGAGUCUCGACUGGACAUUCUCAUCAACAACGCUGGAAUCAUGACUUGCCCACAAUGGAAGACCGAAGACGGUUUUGAGAUGCAGUUCGGCACGAACCACCUGGGUCACUUCCUCCUCACCAACCUGCUGCUGGACAAACUCAAGAACUCCGCUCCCAGCCGGGUCGUGACGGUGUCCUCCAACGCUCACAUGCGGGGCGGGAAAAUCCACUUUGAUGACAUCAACUUGGAGAAGACGUACACCCCAUACAGUGCCUAUGGACAGAGCAAGCUGGCCAAUAUACUGUUUACUACGGAGCUGGAUCGACGGUUGAAAGGAACUGGAGUGACGGCCUACAGUCUCCACCCAGGCGUCAUUGCCACCGAACUAGCACGCCAUAUGGAUGUGUCAUUUGGCCUGGGGUUCACUCUUCUGAAACCUGUCCUUCGGGCCUUUAUGCUCCUGUUUGGGAAGAGGCCCCAACAGGGCGCCCAAACCACCAUCCACUGUGCGGUGUCAGAGGGUCUGGAAGAGUUUUCUGGACAAUACUUUGCGGACUGCGCUCCGAAAAAGCCCAGCAAGGAGGCACAAGAUGACCAAACUGCGAGGAGGCUCUGGGAGCUUAGCGAAGAAAUGGUCGGACUGAAGAAGGACCUGGCCAAAGCUGAGUCUGCUGCUGAAGCGAUUCGUAAGGACACCGGAAACGGAAAUGUCGUCGUAGAGAAGCUGGACCUGGCCUCGCUGAAGUCCGUCCGGGAGUUCGCAGCCAAGGCCAACGGCACGGAGUCUCGACUGGACAUUCUCAUCAACAAUGCUGGAAUCAUGACUUGCCCACAAUGGAAGACCGAAGACGGUUUUGAGAUGCAGUUCGGCACGAACCACCUGGGUCACUUCCUCCUCACCAACCUGCUGCUGGACAAACUCAAGAACUCCGCUCCCAGCCGGGUCGUCAAUGUCGCCUCUUCGGCGCACUAUGGAGGGCACAUCCACUUUGAUGACAUCAACCUGGAGAAGAGUUACGGACCAAUCAAGGCCUACUGUCAGAGCAAGCUGGCCAACGUGCUGUUUACCAAAGAACUGGAUCGAAGAAUGAAAGGUAAAGGAGUGACGACCUACUCGCUCCACCCGGGCGGCAUUCACACGGAACUACAGCGUCAUCUGGACGCCUCGUACGGCUGGCUGUUCUACCUCCUCAAACCUGUGUUCUUCGCUGGGUUGGUUCUGUUUGGGAAGACUCCUCGGCAGGGCGCACAGACUACCAUUCACUGUGCAGUAUCAGAAGGUCUGGAGACCUCCUCUGGGCUGUAUUUCACGGACUGCGCUCCGAAAGAACCCAUUCCAGAAGCCAAGGAUGAAGCAGUUGCCAAGAAACUCUGGGAGCUGAGCGAGGAAAUGGUCGGACUGAAGUAAAGAUGUUGCUUUUCCUAAAAACUCAUAAAGGAAGGUUCUAUUCAUCGGGAGAUUCUUGCAAGACGUAUGCAUCGUCGGAAAGUAACACUAAUCAACGUAUGUAAUGACAUUGGCUAUAAAGGUUAUUAAAAUUGGUGGUGCAUUGCGUGAUAAGAUAAUUUACGUAAUACAUACAUAUGGAUAUAAUGUAUUAUUAUAUGGGUUGACCAUACAGUAUUCCAAUAUUGUUACAGAUCUGGUCUGGUGUUACGAUUAGCAUUUUUCUAACAUUUCGGUAUUUUCUAAUUACCAGAUCUGAUGGAGAACAAUGGACGCUAAACAAGUAAAGAAAUUAAACGUUGAAUCUUAGCCACAGACACGUGUUUGAAAAUCUGACCACUAUUUCAUUUCCAAAUACGUGUACAAAUGCUAAAUGCUUGACACAAGUGAUAGUGUGUAUUAACAAAGAUAAUCAUUUCGGUGAGGUAGUUGGUUGUAUGUUCUUUUUCUUUCUUCGAUGUUUGCCAAUCAGAUAAAAUAGUGUUUAUUUAGUCUUUGGUUACCAUUCUCCACAAGACGGAGUAGGGUCAUACUAUGCAUAGACGUACCUAUGCUGACAGUCAGGCUACUGACAUCUGGUCUUUCUAAUUAUUAUUAGUACCGGCCUUUCUAAAUCUGGUGGUAAAUCGCAGACUACCUAAGGAUCUAGCAGCUUCUAUGCUCCCUUCCCGCUCCAAAAAAAAAGCUGUAUAGACAAGUAAACUUACUUGGAAACUGCAUAGACAAAUUAACUUACUAGCUACUGCGAGUUCGUCUGGCGUCCCAGUUACAUUAUUGAUGUAAUUUGUCUGCACAACGUUGUCAUAAAGGACGCACUAGUCCCAGUUUUUGUGAUAUUAAUGGCCGGUGACUUGUUGGUACAUCUUUAUUUUUUCCACCUGAAAAGUUUGCUAAUAUUUCGUUCAAACCCCGAUUUUAAGCGCAAAUGAACUAACAAACAGAGGAAGCCUUGAUGCCAUUUCUGUUAUCAAACCGGAGUUAAUGAUUAGUCUGUAAAACAACAGACUCAUU